AAGAAUUCCGCCAUGUAUGCAAAAAGCAAAAAUUCGACAGUGCCCUCGGAUGCACAGGCCAGAGAAAAGCUGGCGCUGUAUGUUUAUGAAUAUUUGCUGCACGUCGGUGCCCAGAAGGCUGCACAAACAUUUCUAUCAGAGAUCCGGUGGGAGAAAAAUAUCACGUUAGGAGAACCGCCAGGGUUCCUCCAUUCCUGGUGGUGUGUGUUUUGGGACCUCUAUUGUGCUGCGCCAGAGCGGAGAGAUUCGUGCGAACACUCUAGCGAAGCUAAAGCCUUCCAUGACUACGGUUUUGUAAAUAACGGACAAUAUGCGGUCAACGGAAUUGUCCAUAACUCGCCUCAUAUGCGACCAUCUCCCCCCGGUGCACCACCCGUGGGGCCACCAACCCCCGGGGGAGGCGCUUCUCCCCAUCCUCCGAACCCGCAGAUGAUCCCGCCCAACCAGCCCUUCAUGAACCCCCGAUUCUCUGGAGGUCCACGACCAGGAGUCCGUAUGCCCCAACAAGAUUUCAAUAGUGGACCCGGAGGAAUGCCCGGCCAACCAAUGAUGGCCAAUAAUAUGGAUCCCAGUCGGCCCGGUGAUGGCGCCGAUUUCGUCGGCUGGCAAGGACCCCCGCAGAUGAGCCCAAUGAACCCACGAAUGAACCCACCGAGAGGACAGCCGAUGGCCCCCAUGAACCCUGGACAGUACGGUGGGAUGCGACCACCUCCCAAUGGCAAUAUGGGGCCGGGAGGUCCAGCGAUGCCAGGGGGACCAAUGUCCAUGCCUGCUGGUCGCCCAUGGGGACAACCCGGCACUCCAGGAAUGAGUUAUUCUUCCGCAUCGCCGGGAAGCCACUACGGUGGGCCGCCAGUUUCGGGUGCGGGCCCACCCGGACCAGGAACGCCCAUAAUGCCGAGCCCACAAGACUCAUCAAACUCAGGAAAUGAUGGAAUGUACACGAUGAUGAAACCGGUCUCAGGUGGGGGCGGUGGCCUCCCGGGCUUCCCCGGAAUGGGAGCGAACGAUGGAGGCCCGAUGGGCGGCCCUCUAGGCCCUGAUAUGGGACCCCCGAUGAACGGCGACGGCCUCGACGGCAUGAAGAACUCACCUGCCAAUGGGCCUUCAACGCCGCGCGAGGACGGCCCUCCCAUGGGAGACUACGGGAUGGGCUUCCCCGCAGAAAACCAACAGACGGAAAGUGCCGCCAUCUUGAAGAUUAAGGAGAGCAUGCAAGAAGAAGCUAAACGAUUCGAGAAGGACACGCCUUCGGACGGCGGGCCGACCGACUACUUCAUGCAAUAG